AUGAAAAUCACAAUAUACACGUGGCAUCAAAAGACUGCAUUAAUCUCCAACUAUCAUUAAUGACCUUAACGUUUUAUCAAAUUACUGUAACUAUAUAUUAAGGUCCAUCUUACCAAGAAUAGUAGCAUUAGCAGCAGACAUGGCAAUCCAGGCAUGGUUCAUGGAUGAAAAUUCAGAAGAUCAAAGGCUACCUCACCAAAAAUAUCCACCAGAGUUUGUGUCUGUGGAGCAAUUGGCUGAACUUGGAGUUUUGUACUGGAAAUUGAAUCCUAAAGAUUAUGAGAAUGAUCAAGAAUUGAAGGAAAUUCGUGAGAGUAGAGGCUACAGUUACAUGGAUUUACUGGAUUUGUGCCCUGAGAAGGUCGAGAACUACGAGCAGAAGUUGAAAAAUUUCUACACGGAGCACAUACACGCAGAUGAGGAAAUACGAUACUGUCUGGAAGGGAGUGGAUAUUUUGAUGUAAGAGACAAGGAUGACCGUUGGAUUCGCAUCUGUAUGAAGGCUGGUGAUAUGAUCGUCCUGCCUGCUGGGAUUUACCACAGGUUCACCCUCGACACAGGGAACUAUGUCAAGUUGAUGAGGUUGUUUGUGGGAGAGCCAGUGUGGACACCUUACAAUCGACCACAAGAAGAUCAUCCAGCAAGGAGGGAGUACAUCAAGAGCGUUACUGAAAGAGUAGGAGUGCCUCUUGCAGCACACUGAGACAUGUAUUUCUGGUUGAAUGAGGCAAAUUAUUAAAACUUGGGAAUAUAGUUUGCUGCAUAUUUUGUAUAUUUGUAUGGAAUAUAUCCUGUAUAUCUGGAGACAGUGUAAUCAACAUUCUUAUAUGUUGCUACAAAUGAAUAUAUCUGGACUAGGAGCUUAGUGAAUUUUAUACCAUGUUCA